ACUAGUCCUGUUACGAGCCUUUAGCAUCUGGAAUAGGACUUUCUCCGUUGUACCUUUUCACGAAGAAAAAGAAGACAUUGUUCAUUGCCUUUCACGCGUGUGAUUAGGCUACAGAGAAUACAAGCGUAUGUUUUACAACUUGAAACUUAUUUUCGGAUGAUAUUCAACAGCCCCAUUGCAAAGGACUAAAACUAAAAAAUAGUUUGGUGCUGAAUACAAAGUGAUACGGUGGUCCAAUGGCUCGGUCGCAUGACUAAUUAAUAGGCUAUCAGAACUCGGUCGCUCGCUCCCGUGUUUUUUGUGUUAUAAACUAUGGCGUUUAGGGCGAGAGCCUUGUACGACUUUAGUUCGGAAAAUCCAGGAGAGAUAUCGAUUACUGAGAACGAAGUUGUUACUUUAUAUAGCGAACAAGACAUAGAGGGAUGGCUAGAGGGAACGAACAGCAGAGGGGAUACUGGUCUUUUUCCAGCCUCAUACGUGGAGAUUCUCACAAAUGAAUCAUCUGACAUCUCGCCCAACAACAAUGGCAUGUCGGCAGAUCAAGGUCAACCCGACUCCCCAUCAAGUGGAUAUGAUUCAUCAUACCAUUCCCAGUCGCAUUCUCGUGUGGAGAACAUUAAAGGUCCGACCCACUCCGCUUAUCCUGUGCAAACUCCCCAGCGCCACGGUUACCAGACCAGUCAAGGUAGUGAUGAUGACUGGGAUGAUGACUGGGAUGACAGCUCUACCGUGGCAGAUGAGCCUGGAACUAAUCAUGACAAUGAUGUAACUAGUUCCACAGCGUACACGGUGACUACCUCGUUGCCUGGGAGACGUGACAGUGCCCAAGCCAAGAGUUCAGCAACAAUAGGUAAAAACCUCAACAGGUUCUCAACCUUUGUGAAAUCAGGCGGAGAGGCUUUUGUGUUGGGCGAGGCGGCUGCCUUUGUCAAAGAUGGGGACAAGAUCUGUGUUGUCAUGGGCCAAUAUGGGCCAGAGUGGCAGGAAGAUCCAUACCCGUUCACCUGCUCCAUUGAUGACCCCACCAAACAGACAAAAUUCAAAGGCAUGAAGAGUUACAUGUCAUACAGACUGACUCCAUCCCACACCCAGAGCCAGGUGAAUAGAAGAUACAAGCACUUUGACUGGCUCUACGCUCGACUUGUGGAACGCUUCCCUGUCAUCUCAGUCCCCCAUCUGCCCGAGAAACAGGCCACUGGGCGCUUCGAACAGGACUUUGUCUCCAAACGCAGAAAAGGUUUGAUAUGGUGGAUGAACCACAUGACGAGCCACCCUGUCCUGGCCAGGUGUGACGUCUUCCAGCACUUCCUCACCUGCCCCAGCACAGACGAGAAGACGUGGAAGAUGGGCAAGAGAAAGGCAGAGAAGGAUGAGUUGACUGGAGCGAACUUCUUCCUCACCAUCUCCACCCCAGCCGUUCCACUGGACCUACAGGAGGUAGAGAGCAAGGUAGAUGGGUUCAAAGCCUUCACCAAGAAGAUGGAUGAGAACUGCCUAGUGGUGAACGCCACCAUCAACGAGUUCGCCCGGAAGCAGAUCACCGGAUUUAAGAAAGAGUAUCAGAAAGUGGGCCAGUCCUUCAAACUGCUGGGCCAAGCCUUUGAGAUGGACCAGCAGUCCUAUUCUGUAGGACUGAACCGUGCCAUAGCAUUCACAGGAGAGGCCUAUGAGGCUAUAGGAGACUACUUUGCUGAGCAGCCCAGACAGGAUUUGGACCCCAUAUCGGAUCUGCUGGACCUGUACAAGGGACACCUGGCCAACUACCCUGAUAUCAUCCAUGUUCAGAAAGGUGCCCUUACCAAAGUAAAGGAGUGCCAGAAACAGGAAGGGGAGGGAUCAACCAUCAACGAGCGUUGUAACAUAAUUUCCUGCGCCACACUGGCUGAGAUCCAGCACUUUCACCGUACACGCGUACGUGACUUCAAGAGCCAGAUGCAACACCACCUCCAGCAGCAGAUCAUCUUCUUCCAGAAAAUCACUGGGAAGCUAGAGGAGGCACUGCAGAAGUACGACGAGGAUAUCAUAUAAGGCCCUAGAGAGAGGAGCAUAGAUACAGAGGG